AUAUCUGAGAGCUGUAACUCUUACAUUUAAAAUUAUAAUGUUGAAAACGGUGUCCAAAUAAUGGUCUACUUUGUUUAUAUGUAUGUCUACAAUUUUCAAAUUGCUCUCCGUCAGUUACAAAUUACUCGCGCGGAAGUGGUCCUGUAUGUUUCUCAACUUAGGGUAAGUAACAAAGAUGCCACUUCAUGGUAAAAUUGUGGUGAUCAAGAGGAAUGGAGCUGAUGGUGCCCAUUUCCCAUUAACUGCUGAUCAGUGUUUAUUUGGAAGAACUAACGAAUGUGACAUACGGAUUCAGUUAGCCAAUGUAUCUGUUGAGCAUUGCAAGAUCUCAGUGAAGAAAAAUGCAGAGAUCAUACUGACCAACUUGAGUGCAACUAAUCCAACAUUGUUAAAUGGAAAGCCUAUUACGAAAAAUGAGAAGAUUCAUCACAUGGAUGUAUUCACUAUCAGUGACAGAUCAUUCAGGUUUGAGUAUCCCCCAGGAUCAUCAAUGCGCGCAUCGCCAAAACCUAGUGGGAAACGGUUAAGCCUGAUUCAGAGUCCAGUUGUCUCAUCAACAACCGACAACCGUAAUUCAAGGCGACAGUCCAUGCAGACACCAAAGUCAGGUAAAAAGGUUGCUCCAAACAAUGGUACCUCCCAGACACCCAAUAAGACACCUGUGAAGGCAUCCCUUCCAAAGCCACUCACACCAACAAAGACACCUGCAAAGAAAACACCUCUAAAGAAAACUCCUUCAAAAGCCAAAGGAAUGCCUGAAGGAUCUCCUGUUGAUUCAGCCAAAGCAAAUUCUGAUAAAAGGACCCCAGCCAAAUCCCCAGCUGUAAAAAUAAAGUCACCUGUUGCAAAAACGCCUUCCAAGCGUGCAAAGUCCCCUGUUGCAGAGACAACUUCAAAACCUGUGAAGUCCCCUGUUGCAAAAACUUCUACGAAAUCUGUGACGUCGCCUGUUGCAAAGACGCCUCCAAAACCUGCAAGUAAGCGAAAUACGCCAAGAAAAUCAGCUGUUGCAAAAUCACCUGAUUCAGAGGUGAAAAAAACACCUGUCAAGACACCUACCAAGAAAACACCAUCUCCAAAGGCACAGAAAGCAGCUUCGCCUCAAAUAAAGAAGUCUCCUAAAAGGCUGAGUGGAUCACUCAAGAAGAUAUCUGCCAAGGGUGUACCUUUUGGAAGCCCACGCCAGCCAUCGUCAACCCCACUAAAGACUGCCAUAGAUCAACUGAGGCGCCGCUCUGCACCUGUAGUUGAAGAAUCUCCCCGGGAAACUAAGCAGAAAUCCCCAGCUGUUAAAACUGUGGAAAAGAAGAAAUCUACACCAAAACGCAAGUCUGUCGGUAACAUUGAAUCGUUAUCAAAGCGAAAGAGAGUAUCAUUUGGUCCUCAGCUUAGUCCAGAACAUUUUGACAAGAAACUCCCACCAUCCACCCCACUCAGAAGAGGUGCAACACCAGGACGCAGAAAGACAGUCAGUGGAGCAGCAGUUGCCAGUCCAGGUUUUACACCAAAAUACAAAAAACGAGCAUCCCUAGCGGCUCAGUUGCAUCCAGUGAUUCCAGAGGAGUCGCCUAAGAAACAUACACCAGUUAAACAGUCUCCAAAAUUGUCCAAAGCUAAGACACCAUCUCCAAAACGGGCAAGUCCGAAGGCCAAGACACCAUCUCCAAAACGUGCCAGCCCAAAGGCCAAGACGCCGUCUCCAAAACAAACCAGUUCAAAGACCAAGACACCAUCUCCAAAAAGAGCUAGUCUGAAGGCCAACACACCAUCUCCAAAACGAGCAAGUCCAAAGGCCAAAACACCAUCUUCAAAACAAGCAAGUCCUAAGGCCAAAACACCAUCUCCAAGACAAGCAAGUCCUAAGGCCAAAACACCAUCUCCAAAACAAGCAAGUCCUAAGGCCAAAACACCAUCUCCAAAACAAGCAAGUCCUAAGGACAAAACACCAUCUCCAAGACAAGCAAGUCCUAAGGCCAAAACACCAUCUCCAAAACAAGCAAGUCCUAAGGCCAAAACACCAUCUCCAAGACAAGCAAGUCCUAAGGCCAAAACACCAUCUCCAAAACAAGCAAGUCCUAAGGCCAAAACACCAUCUCCAAGACAAGCAAGUCCUAAGGCCAAAACACCAUCUCCAAAACAAGCAAGUCCUAAGGCCAAAACACCAUCUCCAAGACAAGCAAGUCCUAAGGCCAAAACACCAUCUCCAAAACAAGCAAGUCCUAAGGCCAAAACACCAUCUCCAAGACAAGCAAGUCCUAAGGACAGGACUCCUAAGUCUACACCAAAGGCAUCUACUCCAGCAAAGUCAACCAAAAUGUCAACACCCAGAACUCCAAAGGCCAACACCCCUAAACCCAAACCUAAAAUAGAAACUCCCAAACCAUCUGUUUCUCAUACAAAAGCAGAGAAUCCAGGGCGUUCAUCUCCCAAGCGAAAUGUAAAACCUCCGGCUGCUUUAGCUGAUGAAAGUUUCACUGGACUGCCUAACCUUUUUCAAACACCACCCUCAAACAAAGCCAUUCAGAACUUAUCAUCAACCAUUUCUGAUAAACGAUCUACCCCCAAGAGGCUUUCUACUCCUUUAAGGAAGGAUAUCGCAGCAGGCAAACAGUUAAAGGCAACCAAAAAAGCUAUGGCUACUCCACUCCGUGAAUCUAUUCAGCAAGGAAUUGAAUUGAAAGCAACAAAGAAGAAAAUGAUAACACCCCUAAGAAAAGAUAUUCAAAAGGGUAUUGAACUGAAACCAUCAAAAAGGACACCAGUUGCAAAAGCUGAUAAGACCCCAGUUCUCAAGCCAAAAUCCACUCCAGUUUUUGAAAAAACACAAUCUGUGACUACUCCAAGUAGAAAAACUCCAAAAUCAUCACGUUCCAAGACACCAAAAUCAACCAAGGCUAAAACAUGGGCAGACAUUGUAAAGAAAGGUGCUCGAAAACAGAGUAAUGUGAAGGUGAGAGCAGAACCAUUGAGUAUUAAGGCAGGUCGUGUAAGCAAGCCAGUUCAUCCAGCCAUCACCCGCCUAAGGACUCCAAAGGCGGCAAGAGGUGGUGUUAAGAGCACUGGUCAUGUUGAAUCACCAGCUACAAUUAUCAUUGGCAAAGCAAGAACCCCAUUACCUGUUGUAUCAAAAACACGAAAAGGACGCAAAACUCCAAGUAAAAAAUUCGCUUCAAAAUCAAGUAUCAAUGAUGAAAAUUUCACAGGACUUGAAGAUCUUUUCCAGACACCAUCUCCAAAAUCGAAGAUGCCUAGACAGUCACCAGAAUUAGAUACUAUAUCACCAAAGACACCCAAAACACCUGAAGGUCCUGGGGUUAUGUCAGUCUCACCACUCACAUCACGUGCUCCAAGCCCAAGGAAAAGUACAUCUCCUUACAAAGUUUCUCCUCAAUUUAGAAGAGAAUCAGAUAUAUUUGUUUCCCCAUUAGUAUUGACAGGUACCCCAUCCAAAACACCAGCAAAGAAAUUGACUACAAAAGAGACGCCAAGGAGACAGUCAAAUAAAUUUGUUCCACCUCUGGCCACAACCAAAACUCCAUCCAGGUCUCCUGCCAAAAUUGUAAAAUCCAAGAAAACUCCAAAAAGGGCGUCAGUCAGCAAGUUUGUGUCUCCACUUAAGACUUCAGCGACCCCCUCAAAAUCACCUGCCAAGAGGGUUUUCCAAAAACAAACCCCCAAGCAAAAGACUAAACCAGUAGAAGAUACGAUUGGAAUCAGUAGAUUGGUUAAAACACCAAAACAGAAGGCAUCACCUGUGGGUAAAGACUUUGGUUUGAAAAGAAUUAUGAGAACACCAAAGCAAAAAAAUCAGGUUGUGGAAGAAUUUAUUGGAGUUGCAGAGAUGUUCCCAAGUCCAAAACCAACACCAGCUGCAAAAUCUAAAUCUCCAGCAGCAAAAACUACCACAACAAGAGCUGCAACACCUAAAGUAAAACUCUCCUUGAAAAGGAAAGCAGAAGAAAGUGCAAAGAAGCCAGCUAAAAGAGCAAGAGUUGUACCCAAAUCAAAGCAGACAGCAUCACCUGUUAAUAAAGACUUUGGUUUGAAAAGAAUAAUGAAGACUCCAAAGCAAAAAAGUCAGGCUGUUGAAGACUUUAUUGGAGUUGCAGAGAUGUUUACUAGUCCAAAACAAACACUAACUCCGAAAUCUAAAUCUCCAAUAGCCAAAGCUACCGCACCAAGAGCUGCAACACCAAAAGCCAAACUGUCUUUAAAACGGAAAGCAGAAGCUAGUACAAAGAAGCCAGCUAAACGAGCAAGAAUUGAAUCAAAACCCAAACAGACAUCACCUGUUGAUAAAGACUUUGGUUUAACAAGAAUUAUGAAGACUCCAAGGCAAAAAAAUCAGCAGUCUCUGGAAGACUUUACUGGAGUUGCAGAGAUGUUCCCAAGUCCAGAACCAACACUAGAUGCAAAAUCCAAAUCUCCAGCAGCUAAAGCUACUACACCAAGAGCUGCAACACCAAAAGCUGCCACACAAGAAGUUAAACAGAAAGCAGAAGAAAGUGCAAAGAAGCCAGCUAAACGAGGAAGAGUCCAAUUUAAACAAUCACCAGUUAAGGUUACUUCUCCGGUACCAAGCUCACAAAGAUCAAAAUCAAGUAGACGUAAGGCAGUUGCUCAAACUAAGAAAACGGAGGUAGUGCUUUCUCCCACUAAAGCUAGAUCUACACGUUCUAAAAGGCAAGCUCCAUCUAAAGUAGUGCCUCUUCCUGAAGUCGCCCAACAAAAAGCAUCCAAGCCAGACAGUUUACCAAAGGCACCAAAGACCCAGGCACCUGCAAAGACACCUAAACCUGUUGAGAAUGCUUCUCCAGCAGCAAGCCCUCAAAAGACAAAAUCAAGCAGACGCAAAAAAGUUGUUCAAACUAAGACACCAAAUGUGGUGCUGUCCCCACCUAAAGCUAGAUCUACACGUUCUAAAAAGCAACCUCCAUCUAAAGUGGAAACUGUUCCUGAACAGACCCAAGCAUCUAAUUCAGACAGUGCACCAAAGGCUCCAAAAACACGUGCUCCAGCAAAGACAAUUACACCUAAGAAAUCAAGAGCAAAUAAAACUAAAACAGUUGUUCAAGCUAAAAAAGCAGAAGUGUUGCUUUCCCCACCUAAAGCUAGAUCGACACGUUCUAAGAGAGAUGCUCCUUCUAACAUGGAACUUGUUCCUGAUGUGACCCAACAGAAAGCCUCCAAGUCAAAAAAUGUACCAAAGACCUCAAAAAAACGAGAUCUUUCAAAGACAUUGGAACUUGAAGUAUCUAAAGAAAUAUCAAGUCCCCCUAGAGCUAAGAGGUCUAGACGUGGGGCUGAAGUUUCUUUGGUAGAAGUGGCAAGUCCGCCAAAGGUGACACGAUCGCAACGGGGUGCAGUAAAGAAAUCUUCUGUGAAGAAGAAUGUUAAUACUCAACCCAAAGCAAGAGCUUCUAGGCGUGGUAACACUUCAGUUGACGAGCCUGUACCAGAACCUACUCCAGUGGUUCCAAAACCUGCAAGUAAAAGUAGAAGAGGAAAGGCAGCCAUUGCCAGCCCUGUAAAAAAAACAGAACCUAAGAAAACUGCACGAGGUAAAUCUGCAAAGGCACUAGCUAUUGAGGUCCUUUCAGAUCCAAGUCCACGAAGAACCAGAAAUAAGAAAGCUGCCAAAUCCACGCCUGCUGCUCCAAAGACAUCUAAACCAAGUCCCAAGUCUAAGCGAGCUACACGAACCAAAACAGUAGUAGCAAAAGCAUCUCCAGUGAAGAAAUUAGAAUCUCCAAAACAGAAAAGAUCUACUAGAUCGCAAAAGAAAGGAAAAAAAUAAUUCUUCAUGAGUUCCCCUGAGUAAUAUAUACUUUCAUUACUGUUUGUAUAGUUAUGUUAGCUAGCCAUGCUAACAAUUCAAGGAAAUAAUAUAGUAACAGGUAUCAUGAAAUGGUUUUAAUUUCUUUAAAAUAUCCUGUACUGUAGUAUAAAAAACGAAAUAUUUUAAAGAUAGCAUUUGAUAAAACAAUUUGUAGUGAUCUUGAUACACUAUAUAUUUCUGACAGUUUUUACACAUUGUAUAUUUACAUAUUUCAAAAUGUCAUUCUAAUGAACAAAUAUUUUGAUUGGUAAUUCAUAAGUGAUAGUGUUAAUACUUUUUAUUUGAUUUUGUAUUUUGAUGUGUAAUUUGUUAGUGAUAAUGGUAUAAAAUACUGUAAUUUUCUUUCCUUUACUUUUGAAUAUUUGCAGAUGCAUCUGAAAUGUAUAAAAUUCAAAUACUUAUUUAAUAUUUGUGCACAUUAUUACCUGUGUAUUACUUGCUUUAGGUUGCUUCAUUUCAGAUUUAGAGAUCUGGUUUUGUGCAUCCCUGAAAAUAUCAGUUUUUACAGUAUUUUAUGAGACCUAUUUUAUCAUCAGUUUAUUGUACAGUAUUAAUAUUCUGGCUGAGAUUUUAGAUUUGUUGAUUGUGGUUUAAUCAAAUGUGAUUUGUAAGAAUUACAGUAAUUCUUAAGAUAUUCAUUGAAUCAAUAAUUGAAAUUCUAUUUUCAAAUCGAAUAUGGAUAAUUUAAUUCUACCUCAUUUAUUGGGCGGGAUUGUAUUCAAAGUGUUUCUACUUUCUAACUUAAAAUUCAACACAUGAAUAGCAAACCAAACUACUCUUAGAAGCAGUUAUAAUACUGUAUAUAUAGUGAAGUUUGAGUAAUGCAAUGUUGAGUCUGUUUUUAUAGUUGUUUAGUGAAUAUUUUUUUCACCAUUUAAGUUUAAUAAUACAAUAUUAUUACUCAAUGUGCUUCAGUAUAGCGUUGCAUAAAAAAUCAUCAUUUUCGAAAUUUUUAUCUUGCAAAACUCUUGCUUUCUGUAAAUAUGUAAUAUAUUUCAGUUGUUGUGUAGGAAAUACAUUAGAUGAUAUUUCA